AUGGAUGCCGAAGAGUUCAAACGCAAGGCUACCACUUUGAAGAGGAAAUUAGUAGAUAGUUUCAAGGAAGUUCAAGUAAUAAAUGAAAAGGGCAGAGCAGCACUCAACAAUAAGGACCAACAUAAUUCCUUCAAGGGCAUGUUUAAGGUUCUUGAGAAAUAUUAUUCAAGAUUUGAAAAUAUUUGGGAUGAGCUCACAGACCUGUAUGAAACUGAGAAGUCUACUGGGAAACAAACCUUUCCUCAAGAAGAUGACCUAACAAUGCAAACUAAAGCUAAACGUUACUACUAUGAAGCACACACUUCACAUGAAACUAUUCUCUCAGAGGUUAGCACUACUUCAUCAAGGCAGAGUAUGGGACUUAAUGAAUCUUUGUCACCAGAAGCCAGAAGCAAUAAACAUUUGCCUCGCAUCAAUCUUCCACACUUCAAUGGCCAGAUUACGAAUUGGCCCAAGUUUCGAGAUGCCUUCACUUCCAUUAUCCAUAAUGAUGCCUUGUUAUCAAAAAUGGAGAAAUUUCACUAUCUCGUCUCUUCUUUAGGGGGAACUGCCUCUGCAGUGAUAAGACAUCUUCCUUUGGUUGACGAUAACUAUGAUAUUGCCUGGAAGGCUUUAAAUGAAACUUUCAAUAACAAGCGAAUGCUUGCUUCAAAUUACCUCAAUCAAUUGAUGGCAUUCAAACCACAACAGGGGAAGACAACUGUAGAUUCACUUCAGUCAUUCCUUUCUCAAAUUUCAGAUAAUAUUGCUGCAUUUAAACUUUUGAAAAUACCUGACGAAGGUGACUUCAUUCUGUUUCAUAUAGCAGUUAGGCUGUUGGAUCAUACAACUCGAGAGCAAUUUGAGUUGCAGCAUAAAGGAAAAGAUUUUCCUGUUUUCAAUGAUUUGACUAAAUUUCUCCGUGAACGCUCUCUAGCUCUUCAGUUGGCUGGAGGAAACACACAACAAUUGGAGAUAAGGCCAUCCACUUCUGGGAAGAAUAGUGGGAGCUUCAAACCAUCAAAUAGUCGUAACUUGAAGACUUCACUCAUAUCCAGCUCUUUGCCUAAAUCCUCGGCUAACUCCGACAGCAAUGAUGUAUGCUUCAUAUGCCAAAGGGGGUCUCAUGCUCUAUUCAAAUGCAAUAAAUUUGCUGAUGCAUCAGUUGAUGAUAGACAUAAAAUGUUGAAGUCUUGGCGUGGAUGUAGAAACUGCCUGUCAUACUAUCACUCAACCAAUAGAUGCAAUUCUAAAUGGUCUUGCAAGGUCUGCAAGAAGAGGCAUAAUUCACUUUUGCAUCUACCCGUUCCUGAUAGCAAUACAUCCUCUUUGGAACAUGAAGAUACAACCGCAAUCAAGGCUCAUGUUGUGAAUCCACCAGAUUCUUCAUUAACAGCAACCCUGCCUGAACAAAGUCAAGUCUUGUUGGGUACAGUUGUUGCUGAAAUUCAGGAUGUUCAUGGCAACUUCACUCAAGUGAGACUCGUAGUGGACUCAGGUAGUCAGCACUCAUUCAUCACAAAGAAAUGUGCAAAUAAACUUGGCUUGAUAAUUAAAUCAUUCCCUCACAAAAUCAGUGCUAUUGGCCAGACAGUUUUUAAUGGCACUAAGGGCAAAGUACGCUGUCACCUUAAACCACGCAACUUGCAGUCACCUAUUGUUGAAACUGAAGCAAUAGUCGUAAAUAACAUUACAUCUCACUUACCUAAUUUUGUCAUGCCCUCCAAUAUUUGGAAAAAUUACGCUACCUUUGACUUAGCUGACCCUAAGUUUUGGCAACCAGGUCCUGUGGAUUUUCUGCUGGGAUCAGAUUUGUUCUCAGAUAUUUGGGAUGGAUCCACCGUGACAGUACAAGACAACCAGCCAAGGCUCUUUUCUUCUAUAUUUGGUUAUAUAGUCAUAGGACGAGUUUCUGGAACUUGUUUAUUAUCUAUUGAUGGUAACAACUCCUUCUUCACUGUUAACAACGAAGCUAAAGACUUGAGACAACAGAUCCAACGCUUUUGGGAACUUGAAGAGCCCCAUACUGACAUUUGUUUCACAAACCCUGAAGACGAAGCAUGUGAAGCUCAUUUCAAGAACACCCACUUCAGGAUGGACGAUGGUCAAUAUGUUGUACGCCUACCUUUCAAGACGCCUAGUCCACAAUUAGGAAAUUUUGAAGGAACAUCACUGAAGAGAUUCUACAAUCUUGAAGGAAAACUUAUUAAAGACAAGAAUUUGAUGUCAGAGUACUAUGAUUUCAUGAAAGACUAUCAAGAUCUGGGUCACAUGAAUGUCACAACUUCCCCUUCAAAGUAUGUCAUUCCUCACCACUGUGUGGUAAAAGAGGAUAGAGGCAAAACAAAAUUACGUGUUGUCUUUGACGCUUCUGCUCAGUCAUCGCCCUUUCCUUCUUUGAACAGCCAACUCAUGGUGGGUGCAAAGCUGCAACAAGACAUUAGGGACAUUCUUCUGAGAUUUCGUUUGCACCCAGUUGUCUUCGUGGCUGAUAUUGUCAAAAUGUAUCGGCAAAUUUUGGUUGACCCGCAGGACAGGUCCUACCAACACAUUUAUUGGAGAUUUAAUCCAGCAGACCCAAUAAAAAAGUAUGAAUUGUGCACUGUCACAUAUGGAUUGACUUCUGCACCCUUUCUAGCACUUAGAGUUAUGAAGCAACUCGCUUUAGACGAAGGCGAGAACCAUCCAAGAGCUGCUCAAGCUAUAUCGCAGGAUAUGUAUGUGGAUGAUAUAGUGACUGGCACAUCUUCACUGAAUGAAGCUUUGAAGCUUCAACAAGAAACUAUCCAAUUAUUAGAAAAAGGACACUUUUCACUAAGUAAAUGGGCAAGUAACCAAGAAGAACUUUUAAAAGUGGCCAAUUCAGGACAACAAGCAGACUCAGUCAACUUCUCUUCAAACGAAGACUCUAGUGUGAAGAUAUUAGGUCUUCAUUGGGAUCCAACAAAUGAUGUCUUCAUUUUUAAGCUUCAGGACUUCUCUCCAGCAUCUACCAAGCGAUCUAUCCUAUCUACUGUUGCUAAAAUAUAUGACCCUUUAGGAUUCCUGGCACCAGUCACAUUUUUAGCCAAAGGGAUCAUGCAGGAGUUAUGGAAGCUUGGCUUGAAUUGGGAUGAAGAAAUACCCUUUCAUCUUAAAUCAGUUUGGGAAGAGUUCAUCAAACAGCUUAGGAAUUUGUCAGACCUCACCAUACCAAGACUAGUUGUACCCAACAAACCCCUUUCUUAUCAACUAGUGGGAUUUUCAGACGCAUCAGCACAAGGAUACUGUGCUACACUGUAUCUCAGAGUCGUCAGUGAGGACCAAAUAUCCACACACCUUCUCGUCGCUAAAACUAAAUUAGCACCAAUCAAAACUGUCUCUAUACCCCGUCUUGAAUUGUGUGGGGCACAUCUUUUAGCUAGACUUCAUUCUUCAGUAUCCAAGAUGUUUUCUCUAAAUACUGCAAUCAAGUUUGAAGAUCCAGUCUUCUUUACCGAUGCAUCAAUUGUAUUGAGUUGGCUCCAUAUGCCACUAUACAAGCUCAAGGUUUUCAUCUCAAAUAGAGUGUCACAAAUUACAGAGCUCACAUCGUUGUCAUGUUGGCGACAUGUACGUACAAGUGAAAAUCCAAGUGAUUGUGGAUCAAGAGGAUUGUCUGUCGAAAAGCUCAAGAACAACAGUUUAUGGUGGCAUGGUCCCCAAUGGCUAUGUCAACAUGCAGAAGAAUGGCCGAAAUCAAAUGUGGACCUGACAUUACAAACUGAACUCCCAGACCUGAAGAUUGAACACACUACAUUGAUGUCUACUGACUCAGAACCUCUCAUCAUAACCUUCAUCUCAUCACAAUCAUCAUAUUACAAGAUCUUGACAGCAAUUGCUUGGUGGAAAAGAUUUAUAACUAAUGCAAUGGCAAAAAUAAAUUCUGGUCAAAUUCGCAUCGGUCCACUACACCCUUCUGAAAUGAGGGAAGCUUUAAUUUAUGUAGUGAAUAAGCUUCAGUCACACUACAUAUUUCAAGACGACACUUGCAACAAGGAAGAAAUAGCCAAUUCCAAGUUUUCCAACCUCUCUCCAUUCUUCGAUGAAAAUGGCACCCUUAGAGUUGGCGGAAGACUAAACAGAGCUUCACUCCCUUCCAAUCAACGACAUCCUAUUCUGCUGCCAAAGUGUCACUUCACUACUUUGCUUGUGGACUAUUAUCAUAAGCUGUAUUUACACCCAGGACCUGGUCUCUUGCAAGCAUUAAUUCAGCUUCGAUUCUGGAUACCUGCAUUACGAAGUCUCGUUCGUCAUCGCACAUUCAAGUGUUUGACUUGCUACAAAGACAAGGCAAAGAACCUCACACCCAGAAUGGCUGAUCUUCCUCCAUCAAGAGUAAAUCCGAGUAGAGCCUUUCUUCAUGUAGGUAUUGAUUUUGCUGGUCCAUUCCCCAUGAGAGAAUCUCAACGAAGGAAAGCGGCAGUCACUAAAGCCUACCUUUGUGUCUUUGUAUGUAUGGCUACCAAAGCCGUUCAUUUGGAAAUCGUCAGUGCGCUGAGUACAGAUGCAUUUCUGGCUGCUCUCAAUAGAUUUAUUGGUCGCAGGGGACUCCCCGAACAGUGUUACUCAGACUGUGGCACAAAUUUUCAGGGAGCUGCUAACAAGUUGAGAGAGUUUGGGUCUUGGUAUCGCCAACAGUCAACUCAAGAGGACAUACUUCAUCAAGCAACCAAAUUGGAAAUAAAGUGGAACUUUAAUCCUCCUUCAGCACCCCACUUCGGAGGUCUCUGGGAAGCUGCCGUGAAGUCAGCGAAGACACUUCUCCGAAGAGUGGCAGGUGACACACCACUCACAUAUGAGGAGCUCACAACUUGGUUUAUCAGAAUUGGAGCUGUUUUAAACUCCAGACCUUUAUGUCCGUUGUCUUCAUCUCCUGAAGAAACUGAGUUCCUAUCACCUGGCCAUUUUUUGAUUGGGACAUCACUCCUUGCCACCCCUGAACCGUCACUUUUAGAUACUAAAGUAUCAUCUUUAUCUCGUUGGCAAUUGCUGCUAAGAAUGACUCAACACUUCUGGCAAAGAUGGAGGGUUGAAUACCUUACGUUCCUACAAAAGAGGAACAAAUGGACCAAGAACUAUGAGAAUGCAAAAGUAGGCGAUCUUGUCUUGCUAAAAGAGCCAAAUGCCCCUGUUCUUCAAUGGCCUUUGGCGAGAAUUACACACGUGCACCCAGGUGAAGACGGUAUUGUCAGAGUUUUGACAGUAAAGUGUGGACGUUCUGAGUUGAGAAGACCUGCAGUCAAAGUUGUUCCUCUUCUUCCCCUCCAUACCAGUCACUUUGAUUAA